GCUCCUUCAUCUAAUACAUGUAUCUCGCCGCGCCACCCGUAGGAGUGAAACCAUAGUUAGAGCUCUUGACAGUGUAUACCAGCAGCGGAUUCCAACAUUUUUUGCCGGCGUUGCCAGAUGAGCCAUGAACAUGAUUCUACGAAAUGGGCGUCCCAGCCACCUAGCGAUAACGACCUUUGCCGCCGCCGUAUUUAUUGUUUGCCUCCUAACGGUCCACGUGUUCCGCUCCGGCGGGCCCAGGAAGGUCAUUUCCGGCGUCGUCUACACGCAUGGAAACCAGAUGGCACAUGGCAUUUGGCCGCCGCCGCCGGACCGCCGCUGGGAACGCGAUACGAAGGAGUACAUUCUGGACGACGCUUGGGAUGGCGAGGCGCCAGUGCAGUCGAGGUAUUAUAAUUGGUCGCUGACAGAGGUCGAGGGGAAUCCUGAUGGAGUAUACCGCACGCUCAUCGCGAUAAACGCACAGUUCCCCGGGCCGCUGGUGGAAGUGAACGAGGGCGACACACUGAUCGUCGAUGUGCACAACCAUCUCACCAACAGCACAUCGCUGCACUGGCACGGCUUCCCGCAGAACGGGACGAAUUUCAUGGACGGCACCGUGGGCGUCACCAACUGCGCCAUCCCGCCUGGCGAGAGCUUCCGCUACGAGUUUAAGGCCGACGGGCUGAGCGGGACGUACUGGUAUCAUGCACACUUCUCCACCAUGCGGACGGAUGGAUUGUUUGGGCCGCUGGUUGUGCAUGAGAGAGGGGGCGGGAAACGUGCGGAGGGAACAGAUAGAGUCGUCAUGGUGCAGGAUUGGUAUCAUGACCUUUCCGCCGCGCUGCUGCCGUGGUAUCUUGCGCCCGGAAAUGAAAACGCCGAGCCGGUCCCGAACGGUGCGCUCAUCAAUGGCCGGGGCAGGGUCAACUGCUCGAUGGUCGCCAAGCAGUAUCGCUGCGAUCCGUCGGGAGUGGGACUGGAGGUGUUCAACCUCGACCAAGAUUCACCGCACAAACUGCGCUUCAUAAACGUCGGCGCAUUCGCCGAGUUCGAUAUCGACGUGGACGAGCAUUCCGUCUCGCUAGUCGAGGUAGACGGUGUAUCCGUGGUUCCCCACAGCAUAAACCGUCUACGCAUCAACGUAGCGCAGCGGUACUCCGUCGUAAUCCCGUCGCAGCCGCGCAACAGAACGUCCUUCUGGCUGCGGGCCCGGAUGCUCGCGCACUGUUUCGCCGAGAUCCCCAAGGAGCUCGAGCUGGAAGUCAAAGCCAUCGUCAACUACGGCACCUCUUCCCCCUCGCACCCAGAAUCGAAAGGAUGGGCGGACGUAUCCCCACUGGAAUGUCAAGAAAUGAACCUGACCUCCGUCGUCCCACUGCACGUCCUCCCUGCGGCGCCGGCGAAGGCAGACCUCCUCGUCCCCCUGCGUAGCAACUUCGAGAUCGGCGCGUACCAGCUCAGCCGCGGGAUGUUUAAUGGCACUUCGUGGAGACCCGAGAAGAUGCCGACGCUGAUGCAGGCCAUUGCCGGAUUGACGGGCGGCAACACGUCGUUCACAGAGCCGAGGAAUACUGUCCUCGAUAAGGCCUACGACGUCGCGCACCAGCUGGUCGUCAAGAUCGACAGAGGCGCAGUGGUCGAUCUGCUCAUCGACAACUACGACGACGGAAAUCAUCCAUUCCACCUCCACGGCCACAAAUUCUGGGUACUCAGCGGCGGCACCGGCUACUACAACAUGAGUAACUACGGGAGCAUCGACGGCACGAACGCACUGCGCCGCGACACGGUAACGAUCGAAGCGUUCGGCUGGGUGCUGGUCCGGUUCGUGGCGGAUAAUCCGGGGUUGUGGGCGUUGCAUUGUCAUCUGGCGUGGCAUGCGGAGGCGGGGAUGUUGAUGCAGUUUUUGGUGGGCGCGGAGACGGUGAAAGAGUGGGAGGUGCCGACGCAGGUGGCGGAGAUGUGUAAGCUCUCCGAGAAGCAGAGGGGCGGGCCGAUGAGGGAUGAGGACUUUUAUUGGUAGAUGUGCGGAUACGGCAGUGGACACGCGCAAAGAAGAUAUUGAGUAAUUUAUAGGCAUGCUUUACGAUCGAGAUCGCGAAAGAAAAAAAAUAGUGGACCAAGUGACCACCCAUGC